AUGUCCAAAUACUCACUGCCAAACACCGAGCUUCUAACCACGCACUUCGGGUUCGUGCCAAUUGCGUUUAUAGACGACAUAAUAAACACGGUAAACGAUCUAAUUUACCAGGCGGCUGACAUUUUUGAAAAAUAUGUGGAAGAUAGACUUGGCGAUUCUGAAGAAUGUGAAAAUGGGAUGCAUCAAGUGAUAACGUUACUUGAACAUAUAGUCGACAAAAACUUUGAUAUAUUCGAGUUAUAUGCAUUGAAUAACAUCUUUGCUUUGCCGCCUGACGUGUCGUCGUCUAUUGUGUUACCACAUCAAGAGGGACUGGACUAUAAUAUUGACCCGGCUUAUGACGAGAAAUUGGACGAAGAGUUGGAGGUGACGAGAAAGCAGCUGUUGGCGUCUAAAGUUAUCAAUUAUAAAUUGCGACAAGAUAUCCGAAAAACCAAUGCAAAACUGGCACGUCAAGCAAAGAUCGCCCAGCAAUUGUCAUGUAUAAAGGAGAUGGCAGUCGAACAAAACCUAUACCCACUACCUGACACGGUAAAACUCCUGGUGGACCAACUAAUCGCCGUAAAAAACCUCGUUACUAAGCUACACGAGCAAGUAGACGACGGCAAACUCGAAAUUCUCGCAAAAAAUGAUGAGAAAUAUGGGGACGAACGAAUGGCAUUCAUCAAACGAAUGACUAAUAUGAUGUCGGAAGAGGAAGAUGGCGGCGGAAGAGUAGGAGGAGAGGGAGUUGAUGAAGAUUUGAAAGCGUUGAUUGAGGAGGCUAAUGUGAGUGUUGAAAAGUUGGCUGGCUUGCAGAAGCUUCAGUCUAUUCUUAAAGUUGCUAUGAAGAAAAAUCAAAAAUCGUGA